UCGUAAACAACUUGACCAAGAAGCAGGAAAUAAAAACCCAGCUCGUCAUCUGUGUGCUGUUCCUGUUACCUGGUUUACCUGAAAUGAAAAUUGCUACUUGUGUCCGGGUAGAUCAACGAUAUUAAGAGGUGUUAGGCGGAGACAGGUGCAGAGUGAGGGUGCAGUAGCCGGAUAUGAAGAGGUUUUGGUUGGAGGAAGUGUGGCGGUGGUCGAGAAACACCAAGAUGACAACUGGACCAAUGAACUUGUACACCACACUCACCCUCCUCGUCCUCAUACAGCUUGUGCCUUCAACCUUUGCUGUAGAGGAGUACAAGCCUUCAACCUUUGCUGUAGGACAGAAAUGUAACCUUACAGCUCUACAGCCAUGUUCCAGUAAUGAGAUGUGCGUGGAAGUGAGUGAAGGUAAUGGUAUUUGUCAAUGCAAGACUCAGUUUAUUCUGAAUGAAGCAACUGGCAAGUGUGAAGAAAAUAAUUCACCAGUUGAACCAUCAAACAGCCAUUUGGGUUUAGGCAUAGGUCUGGGUAUAAUGAUCUUCCUACUCCUGGCGGUGGUGGUCGUGACCUUGGUACACUGCAAGUUUGGUCUGUUUCCUGGCAUGUGUGACCACCUCCCCCCUCUGCGACUCUUUGGCAGGAGAGGUCAAGACAUCAGCAUGGUGAAUAAUGAAGACGACGAUGUCAAUCCCAUUGUAUGAGAAGGAUUUUUUGCCUGUAUUGGAAGUUGUGGUGUCUAUUCAUAAGUUGGUGCAAUUUGAUUGACCCAUGAAUUAAGUCACUGAAGUAUAUGAUGUUAUGUUAUACGUAUUAAGAAAUAAUAUGAAAAGGCACAUCCUUGUGUAAACAAAUUGCCUGACUUAUGUUUUUUACUGGCUAAUAAUGGACAUUUGAAUGGUUGUGCUUGUUUUCAUUUGUUUUUGUUUGUUUUUUCAAAUUUAUAGUACAGUAUACAUAAUACAGGACUUUCUGUACUUAGUGAUACAUCUUAACAAGUACAGUUAUCUUGUAAUUAUUUUUAUUUUAUUACCUUAAAAAAAGAAGAUAUAUUGUUUUUUUUUUAUCAGUGUUAAAUAAUGAUCUAUGAAUAUUGCUUAGUAUAGUAGAAUCUCAGAAAGUUUUUACCACAACUUUUAAUGUCUCCACUUUCUGACAAAUUUCGAAAUUAGCUUUGGCAUUGUGGUACAGUACAGUAAUGUAUCACAAUGCUAACACAUUGAUGGCUUUUUGAAUUGUAAAUUGAAGAGGAAAAACUAAAUAAUUUUUUAAUUCCAUUAUACAGCAUAAAUGUGGAGUACAUUAUAUUAAGUUGAUGUAAAAUUUGAAUGUAAGUAAGGAAGUUGUGUAUAAUGAAUCACCUGUGCUUACCUGAUUUUCAUUUAUUUUUCAUGAAUGCUGUACUUGUGUGUAGCACAAUAGUAAUUAGAGGUACUCCUUAUCAGAAACUGUGAUACUGUUUGAUAUAUUUUCAUAUUGUAAUUGCUGUGUCUUUGUUUUUUCAGUUUUUAUUGAAUUUCUAAUAUUUAGUGUCAUCAAUACAUGUGAGUGCUUUUCUACGGUUUGCCAUGACUUAUGUUAUGAAACAGAAACAGAACUCCGAAUUUAGAUCAUUAUAAUGAUGCAUUCCAUAAUAUACAGUACUGACUAAUCUUGUUAGAAAUCACAAUUUGCAAAUGAAAGUGUUUGUUUAUAAUACAGGUUGGACCUCACUAAUCCGAGAAACUUGGGACCAGACCUGUUCCGGAUUAGCGAAAAUUCUGAUCCAUCGAAGCUGAGAUUAAACAAAUGCAAAUUAAUGCAUAAAAUUUACUAUUGCUGGUACCAAUACAACUUACAUCAGUGUAUAUCUAGCCCAGGCUUACUGGACCUCUAUGACAAAGUAUUAGUGCUAUGGCACAAGUUUACUGUACUGUGACACAGAAAUAACUAGAUAAGCAGAAAAAACACAGAGAAAAUUGUAUAUUAUAGGUUAGGAAACUAAAGACAGACAGAUUCAAACACUGUCCUGAGCCAUCGAAGCUGCCAGACUAUCGGGUCCCAGAUUAGCAGGGUCCAACCUGUACAGUACUGUACAGUACUUGGUCAAGGGAAUAUGCUGUAUAAAAUGAUAGGAGUCAGGUUAAUGAAAUAUGCAACUUAUAUAUUUCAUAAAAUAUUGCAGAAUUCUGAACUAUAAGGGUUUUCUUAUGUAAUUAGUACUUCCACUGAGCAUCAGAGCAGGUAUGACAGAAGCUCGAUCCUAUGAAUCGAAAUCAAUUUGAAUCAGUCAUGGAGGCAAAUAUCUAAAAAUAUUUUUUGUAUUGAUUGCAUUUUAGAUUAAUUUUAAAAUUACAGUAAAAAGUCUCUUUAAAUUUGACCUGCCAUGUGUCAUGAAAACAUCAGAAGUCAGUUAAGUAAGACUCAGCAUAAGACUACAGUACUAAUGUUACACUUACCUUACCCACAGUGUACAGUAUAUUUUUGUAUUAUUUGUGCUUCUUGUUUUGCUUGUACAUGUUUAUGACUACUCUUGAUAGCAUUGCAAAAUGUGCCUCAUUUUGAUGAAAACUGAAAAUUAUGGGCAUGGCAUAAUGGUAUAUAUAUAUAUAUAUAUAU